AUCAACGGGAUUUCUGCGUGUUUGGUGGGUCAUGUGACGGUCGGAGAGCUGCAAAUGUAGCAUCAACAGCAGUGUUUCGCCCCUCUGGUCCUCUCAUGUCCACGCGUUGCAUGGCUCUGUCAUUUCGUGAUUUUCCUCGUGUCACCUCACCCCUCUUCACCCUGCUCCUGCACUCCCUCAUGCUUUGGACACAGUCACCACACAGAUUGCCCAAUGACUGCCUGGAUCAUCCUGCCAGUCAGCCUGUCAGCCUUCUCCAUCACAGGAAUAUGGAUAGUCUAUGCCAUGGCAGUGAUGAACCACCAUGUUUGUCCUGUAGAGAACUGGACAUACAAUGUGACGUGUAGUGAGGAGACAGCCAGAAAGGGCUUUCCCAAAACCUGCUGUACUCCUCAGGACAUCCCCCUCAUCAGUAAAUGUGGUUGCUAUCCACCUGAGAGCUGUCUCUUCAGUCUCAUAGGAAAUGUUGGAGCAUUUAUGGUUGUGAUGGUGUGCAUGCUCCGUUAUGCACAGGUGAUUGAGCAUAGUGACAGCUGUGGCUGGAUUAACACCAGUGCAUUGGUUUGUGGCUGCAUCAACGCACUCGGCCUGGUCAUGGUGGGCAACUUCCAGGUGGAUCAUGCGAAAUCAUUGCACUAUGUUGGUGCUGGAGUGGCCUUCCCUGCUGGCCUGCUUUUUGUGUGUCUGCAGUGUUUGCUGACGUACCGCAUUGCAGAAACAACACUAGACUACUGGAUGGCUCAUGUGCGCGUGGCCCUCUCCACUGGUGCUCUGGUCUCCCUUGUCCUCAGUGGAAUCUUCUUUAUCCAUGAGAGUUUUGUGCUCCAGCAUGCUGCUGCCAUCUGUGAGUGGGUUUUCACUGUGGUCGUACUGGUCUUCUAUGGGACCUUCACCUAUGAGUUUGGUGCUGUAAACAACCACACCAUGAUGGCUGCCCUUGCUCAAGGUGGCCACCACCAGGGCUCAGGGAUCAUCAUGGGGGCUGUCGGCAAGGGUGUGGUGAUGGGGUGUGGAGCCCAUAGCCUCAAGUCGCCUGGUGCCAGCAGUACCUCCACACGCCUCAACUGCAACCCAGAGAGUAUGGCCAUUCUGUAGGAUCUCCACAUACGUUGCUUGCAUUCUUCCAAAAUUCAGACUCCUAGCUGACUGUCUUCCUCUGACCUUGCUUCAUAUUCACUGAUCCUCUGAGAGCUGGAUUGGUGACACUGUUAUGGCAGUAAUCUCUGUGAUUUGCCUGCCAGAUGUUUUAGGUAAUUUAAAAUAAGAGAACAAAACACGUAUAGAAGACUAGUGAUUUACACAGCAUAUUGAACUGUAUAAAGCUAUGAUUCAAACCACAAUGUGAAGUAAACUCACUGAUGAGCUAGGACAAUACAUGUUUUGUACUAACCCUUGUGUACAAAGUAAGAGGUCACAGCUGAGACGAUGGAAGCUGGAAGACAGUGUUUUUGCCAUAGGACUUGUGUUGUGACCUGAGGCCCCCUGUCCUUAUGGUAUUACCAUGGAUAUGAAUGGAGGUGAACGUCAGGUAACGACAGAUUUAGUGUGCGUAGUGCAGUGAUUCUCAAAUCCAGUGCUGGGGGCCACUGUCCUGCAC